AUGGAUGCCACAAGACUCCAUGCCCAGGAAGGAGGGCUGGAAGAGUGCCUCGGGGCAACAGAAACACAGUCACUGACGCAGGUUCACACCCACCACCCCCAGCUCACCACGGAUGAUGACAUCUCUGCGCUAGGGGUCCACAACGGCUCUGGCAUGUGCGAGACCGGCUUCGAGGAUGCCGCCGCCCCCCGGGCUGUCUUCCCCUCCAUCGUGGGGCGCCCUCGGCACCACAGCGUGAUGGUGGGCAUGAGCCAGAAGGACUCCUACGUGGGGGACGAAGCCCAGAGCAAGAGAGGCAUCUUGACCCUCAAGUACCUCAUAGAGCACGGCGUUGUCACCAACUGGGACGACAUGGAGAAGAGCUGGCACCACACCUUCUACAACGAGCUGUUUGUGGCCCCCAAAGAGCACCCUGUGCUGCUGACGGAGGGCCCCCUGAACCCCAAGGCUAACCGGGAGAAGAUGACCCAGAUCACGUUGGAGACCUUCAACACCCCUGCCAUGUACGUGGCCAUCCAGGCCGUGCUGUCCCUGUAUGCCUUUGGCCGAAGCACUGGCAUUGUGAUGGAUUCCCGCAGUGGGGUCACCCACACUGUGCCCAUCUAUGAGGGGUACGCCCUCCCCUCUGCCAUCCUGCGUCUGGACCUGGCUGGCCGGGACCUGACGGACUACCUCAUGAAGAUCCUCACCGAGCGAGUCUACAGCUUCACCACCACGGCUGACCGGGAAAUUGUGCGUGACAUCAAGGAGAAACUCUGCUACGUCACCCUGGACUUAGAGCAGGAGAUGGCCACGGAGAGCUAUGAGCUGCCCGAUGGGCAGGUCAUCGCCAUCAUGUCACCUUUUAACUGGGGCCCGAAACAGAUCCCUCGCUGCGGUCUUGGGGACUCCACAUUUACCUGGAAUGUGGGUGGAUGA